AGAGGUCGCGUUGUAUAAAAGGAGGUGUGACUGCAUUCGCCGUCGCUUCACCUUUCUUUUUAGCCACCAUGGCGUUUUUGAAUAAAGUCAAAAACUUGUUUCGUGCCAAUCAAGCGGAGAAGAAGUUACCUAGUUACAUUUAUGACAAUGUGAACCCACGCGAUCACUGGAACAUUAUUGGAGAGCUUGGCGAUGGAGCAUUUGGAAAAGUUGAAAAAGCAGUGUCACGGACGGAUCCCAAACUUUUUGCCGCAUCAAAGUCUAUUGAAAUUCAAGAAGGCGAAGAACUGGAAGAUUUCCUUGUUGAAAUCGAAAUUCUCAGCGAAUGCAAGGGUCAUCCUGUUAUGUUAGGACUCUAUUCUACUUAUUUUUUUGAAAAUAAACUGACGAUGCUUCUCGAGUUUUGUGGAGGUGGUGCUGUUGACAACAUCAUUGUCGAGCUGGGACAUGUACUCAAGGAAGAUCAAAUCCGAUACAUCGGAUACUACGUGUGUGAUGCACUCAAGUGGCUACACUCCCAGAAUGUGAUUCACCGUGAUCUGAAAGCUGGCAACAUUUUGCUCACCCAAGACGGUCAGGUUCGACUUGCCGAUUUUGGAGUUUCGGCGAAGUUGAAGAGUGAACGUGAAAAGAGAGACACAUUUAUUGGCACACCGUAUUGGAUGGCUCCGGAAGUUAUGGCUUGCGAGACUUUCAAGGAUCAGCCAUACGAUUGUAUUUCGGAUAUCUGGUCUUUUGGAAUCACACUCAUUGAAAUGGCCCAAGGAGAGCCCCCGCAUUCAGACGUUUCUGUUAUGAGAGUUAUUAUCAAAGUGCAGAAAUCAGAGCCGCCAACGCUUCUCCAACCAUCUCACUGGACCCGGUCCUUCAGUGACAUUCUCACACGAUGCCUUGUCAAGGAUCCCAGAAAUCGUCCACCGGCAGCUGAAAUCUUCAAACAUCAGUGGUUCCAAAAUGCUCCAUCAAAACGAAAAAUGAUUAUGGAUCUACUCGCCGAAAUGUACGCAGAUGUUCAAGAAGAAGUUGUCAUUGAUGGUGAUGAGGAAUCAGUGGCAGGAUCCGAUGAGAUUUCUCAACGUCGUGGUGAUAGCUGGAGUUCGGCUUCUGAUAGCCCUCGACCGGCUACUAGUGAUGGGUUCAAAGUUCCCAUUGUAUCGGUACCCAUCAUUGAGACACCUCCACCAGAUACUCCUCACAAAAAGAGAGCUGCUCCGCCACCACCACAAGAAGUCAAUGCUCAUCGGCAGUCGCCAGUAGUGAAUGGGAAACCAGCAGAGAAUUCGAGUUUUGCAGAGUUCUCCUUCUCUAACAGCAACACAUCAUCAGAAGGAACUGCCGAGUUCUCCACACCAUCUACCAACAAGAGUAGUGCGCAACUCUCCACGCCAGCAGUUCUUAGCCUCAAUACCAGCGGCAGUCCUUCAUCUGCCAACGAGUUUGUCAGUCCACGCAGAGAAGCGCUCAGUAUUCUCGAUGAGCUUACCACCACAUUGGACGACGAGCAAGGAUCAACAUUUUUCAACUCACCACGUUCAAGUGCGUCGCCCCGUCAAUCUCCACGUCGAUCACCACACGAAUCUCCGCGCCAUUCUCCACGCAAUUCCCCACAAAAGGAGCAAUUGUUUGAGCAUUCGAUUCGUGACACGAUAAUGGCUAGCCGUAGCAGACCAUCGCUAAGUCCACAGUUGAGACAACUCUCACCUUCGGAGUCAGCAUCUUCUUUCGACGAAAGUGUUAAUUUAUCCUUCCACAAGUUGGAGCCCGCGGAGCAUGCUGGAUACGUGAUGGCACAUCAGCAAAUGGAAAAGACUACAGCUCAGUUGAACGAACGUGCAAAUGCUGUGAGCAAUAUUAGAACUCAAAUGGAAGAGAAAAUUGCUGACAGCUCUAAUUCGAAGCAACGACCAAUCAGUCAACCAAUCACGGAAAUUCCAGAAGGAAUUGUUGCCCAGAAAAAAGUCAGCAGAGAGGAAGCGGAGGCGGUUCAACACUCAAAUGCACUCUUUAAGAAACCAUCUCAAGAUAUGUCAGCCAGUUUGACAGUACGGGACAUGGCUCAACAAAAGACGGAACUUAGAGUGUCAUCAGCCUCAACUCCAACAAAAACUAGAGCUUCUCCUCCAAAACGCGCCGAAUCAAAUCAAUCUGUGAGGACGAGUGGUUCAUCAAACUCUGUUGUUCAACACUCUGCAUCAUCAUCGACAGAUUAUGUCCCAACAUCAGUGUCCGCCGUGCCAGAAUACUUUGAUGGACCAAGACGCAAUGGCGAGCAGAAAGUCCCACCACCCGAGCCGCCAGUAGACUAUGAAGGAAAUGCUAAAGAGAAUGCAGCUCCUUCGCCUGUGCCAGUUCCUAAAAUCUCCCAAAAACCUGUACCAACUCCGUCAACAUCUACAGAUGUUCAGAAGACAAACUCAAACGUUGCUCCGAGACCGCUUGGCGGGAGAAAAGAUGGAAAUCGGCAGACAAUUACUAAAAAGACUAGGACGUAUAUGAUUGAUGGUGUUCAAGUCACAUCUACCACAGUUCAUGUGUUGGGUGUUAAGGAUGAUAAAGUACAAAGAAAGCAACAACUCCACGAUCUGAGACGCCUUCAACGUGACGAAGCCCGUCAAAAGCAAGAACUCCAGGCCGAGGGAAUCAAGCUUGUCGAAGAGCAAGCCAGAAAGUUCACAUCGGAGCAAACAAACUUGACACGAACAUCGGAACUAGAGAUGGAUGCUAUGGAACGCCGUCAACGAAAAGAGAUUGAAGACACUGAAGGUGCCCAGGAGCAUGAACUACGAAAUGCGCAAAAGCGUCUCCGAAUCGAACAGGAGAAGGAUAUGCGAGCGUUCAAAGAGCGUCUGAAGCAAGAAAUGAAGAUAUUUAAGCAAGAGUUGACGAUGCUCUCAAAGGUUCAGAGAAAAGAUGCGUUGAAGCAACGGAAGGAGCAAAUUGAGAUUGAGCAUCAACUCAAGGAGAAGGACUUUUUGAUGCAACUUCAACAGAAUGCGGAGGCAAUGCUUCAACGAAUGGCUGAAAAGCAUAAGGAAAGAAUGGCAUCUAUUGAAAAGCAGUUCCUGAUGCAGAAGCACAAUUUGCUCCGAGCAAAAGAAAAUAACAUUUGGGAGUUGGAAGAUAAGCAAAUGAGAGAGAAAUUUGUACUUCAUCGAAAACUAUUCAAGGAUGAAUACUACCUUCUCCGCACACAAAUGCUUGCUAGACACCAACGUGAAAUGGCUCAAAUCGAGAAGAUUCAUCAAGAAGAGGAAGACGAUCUCAUCAGAGCACUAACACUCGAUCGUAAAAAGCUACCGAAAAUGUUGCGCUCUGAGACGAAAACUCGUAGUGUGAUGUUCAAAGAGAGCCUGCGAAUCAGUGCAGUGAACAUGUCAAACGCGGAAAUGCAAGAACGAAUUCGACGAUUCGAUGAGCAAGAAGCGUUGCGCAUGAGAGCUGCAUUGGAAGAUCACGAUUUGAAGUCGCAGAAGAAGUUGCAAAUAUUAAAGGAGCGCCACCAGGAAGCGAUCAUCGAGCUUGAUGAGAUGCAGAACGAGAAGCGCAAGCAGUUGCUGGAAAAAGAAAGGAACACGAUGAAGGAGCACGAGGCAAAGUAUCACGAGAUGCGUGAGCUGUGGCAGGAGAAUUUGAUUGCAAGGAAAACGGUGCUCGAGGAGAAGUUUGAGGACGAACUCUCAAAGCAGGAAGUGUUCUACGGAAUGUCGUACACUUCGUCUCAGGCCUCAACGCUGUCUGGCCGUCACAUGCCUUGAACGCUCUAUGCUUCUGACUCAUUUCUACGUUCCUUUGCUUUAUUCCAUUUGUCAUUCCCAUUCAGUUUUUGUCUCCCAUCCCAACCAGUGCCUUACCACAUUCGACACCUGCCUCGAGUCUCCAUUCUUCUCAUCCCCGUGGUUUUACUAUAUACAAUCCAACUUUUCUACUUUUUUUUGUUGAUCCGAAAUGGGUAUAUUGCUAGUUUAUGUGUCUAGAUGGGUCAUUUUUUAAUCAAGUGUCUUAAAAUUGUAUGCCUUC